AUUAAUUUUAAAAAUAACGCACGUCUCGCUCGAUUGGAUGUGCAAAUACUGUUGGCCAGUAGCCAAACAACUAACCAUUACAUGCUGGACCGGUGGAAUGAUUUUGGUUAUCCCUUGAUGAUGUUUAUGUCACGGGCUUUUGUCACUUUGAUCAUUGAGCCAGGAAUAUGGAUCGCUUCAAAAAUUAAAUAUCUUGCAAGAAUUUCAUGGUAUU